UCAAGUCCGCGGGCUGGACGAAGGUGGAUGCAUCUUGUUGAUUGUCAUUUUCUUCUCUUUUAGUGGUCGUACUGGAUAAUGAAGCAAUUGUAAGGCAGCCACUACACGCCCAGGCCUUCCCAUUCUCUGCGUGACUACCUGAUAAGUACCAGCAAACGCAGACACGUUUAUGGAGGUGGUGAAUUAGGCGGGAAGUAAUUUAAAGAUAGUGAGAGGAUUAUGCAAACUAACAACCCAUGGAAGGAAGCAGAGAUACAGAAAACAUGUGCGUCAUUUUUGGCACCUUCAACUUCUACAGGAGGAAGUCAAACUCGAAACCGAUGCAGGAGAGACUCACUAGGGUGGCCAAGGGAGUGGAGCACAUUGGCCACCACCCCCUGCCCAGCGAAUACCGGCCGGGAAUCCUCGGCCCUCCAGCGACCUGGAAGAUCUUCAGGAGGCAGGCAGAAGCGAUCAGGUUUGCCCGGGUGAUGGGAGAGGGACUCAUGGUGUUCUCCUUCGAGGGUGAUGCCAUUGGGACGGGAGGCAGGAGGAACUUCAUUGUGACACAUCCGACUCAGAUGUGGCUGAGGCAGAGAGAGCGGGUGCCGGAGAGAAGAUGUACGUAUGAGGUGAUCCAGGAGAAGUGUGUGUGUAAGCUGUAUUUUGACCUUGAGUUCUCACAGAUUCUCAAUCCAAGGAAGGAUGGAGUUGCCAUGACUGACACUCUCAUCUCUAUAGUGUGUUACUUCCUCCAUAAGGAAUUUGGUGUCUCCUGCUCAAGGAAGGAUAUUAUUAAUCUCAGGGGAACAUCUCCUCUGAAAUUUAGCCGACAUCUGAUUUUUAACAUCCCAGGUGUUGCAUUUGCCACCAAUGCUGAUGUUGGCCAGUUCGUACAGAUGGUUUGCAAUAAAGUCAGGCUGUGGAAGGACAGCAGAGAACCAGUUGAAGUCCUGUCUGUGUCCCUUGAUAGAGUUAAAGAUCUAUUUGCCCUUAAUUCCAAUGAUAAUGAAGUGCUUUUCUGUGAUGAGGGGGUCUACUCAAAGAACAGGAACUUCAGAUUGUUUCUCUCCACCAAGUUUGGUCAGAAUUUCCCCCUUAUUAUUGCCAGGGAGAACGAAUACCACCCCAGCCUUGGCCCAGGAAUCUGUGAGGACAAGCAGAUCUUCUUUGACUCACUGAUCACACUAGUGGAUACUAAUUGUAAAAUACUUACAUAUAAGGAUAUUGAACAGCCUCUUAAGGAGCAUAAGUACAUAAGUAACAGUAAGAGAAAUAUAGACUUGGAUGUGGAAGGUUCCAGGCAAUCCCCAUAUCCUGAAAUUGAUGAUUUUAUUCAGAGCCUCAUUGGUUUGGGCAACAUUCACAGCUGGCACUAUUUCUCCCAGAGUGAAGUCAUAGUUUACAACAUUGUGCGGUACAGGUUCUGCCACAACAUCAACAGGGAGCACAAGAGUAACAACAUUAUGUAUGUCGUCAGCGUGAAGGAGGCCUCGUAUUAUCAGAAGUGCCAUGACCCUGACUGUAGGAAUUUCAGGUCGCCUUCUUGGCCCCUUCCCAAGUCCACAGUGUUCUGGCAGGCUAUGAAUGAGGAGGAGGUGAUGGAUUGGAUUCUCUCUGCCAAGGAGGAGGAUGACACGAGUACAAAUACUGGCAAAGUUAGUCAGUCAGUGAAUGAACUAGAUGACAUGUUCUUGGAUGCUGCUGCUGCCCUGGAGGAGUGGGACCAUGUGGAGGACCUCACCAGCUCCCAGGGCAGCAGUAUUAAGUCCAUAAAGAGCUCCCAAGAAAGCACUCUUUCCAGUAACCCAUGGGACAGACUUUCCCAGCUGUCCUCACCCAACAGCUCAUUUGUGGAGAGUUUGUCUCAGUCAUCUCAGUCUCACGGUGUGGAGUCAGGGAGUUCUGUGCCUUGUGACUUUCUUUCAGAUGAAGAAUUCCUAGAGGCCGUGUUGCUGACUGAGAGACAGUUGCUGUGUGCUGAUAGUGAAGUGGAGAUAUCAUAUUGACGGGAAUAUGCACGAGUUUCAUAAUGGUGUUUGUUAGUAGUUAAUUUGCUUUUCACAUUUUGUUUUAUAUCUUUAUGAGUAUUGUUCAUAAUUUAUGUAGAGCAAAUUACUAAUUAUUAUUAAUUCAGUGUGUGCUUUCAUUAAUUUAUAUGAAUAUUUACCUUAGGAUGAACCAUAGGAUGUUUGCUUUUGUAUUUUUGUCAGGAUGCCAGUCCAUAGGACUCCAGUUAUGAUUAAGUAUAUAAUUACAUGUAAUAACAAUUACAUUUUUUAAAUUUGAAAGAGCAAAAUGUUUAUUAUGUAAAUAUGCAUGUAAAUAAUGGAAUACGGAGUCAGAUUGUAUAUAUAUAUAUAUAUAUAUAUAUAUAUAUAUAUAUAUAUAUAUAUAUAUAUAUAUAUAUAUAUAUAUAUAUAUAUAUAUAUAUGUGUGUGUGUGUGUGUGUGUGUGUGUGUGUGUGUAUUUGAAUAAUUGGAUGAUCAUCAGUAGAUGUAUUAUUAAUCAUUCUAGUUAUGAUACUGAUAUGUGUCAGAGCCAUCUGGAGUGAGGAGAUGAAAGGAAUUGAUUCCCUUAGUGUUCACUCAAUAGAUACACUUAGUGCAAACACUCUCACGUGAUGCCAUGAGAGGGAAGCAGGGAGUGCUGAGAUCACCACCUCUUCCAUCUUCCCUGCAGGUCACAAAGCCUUGCAUCUGCACCCUGUACUGAACUAAGGCAUAAUGAAACUUGAAACAAGAUGCA